AUGGCUAAAUCAUUACGUGCAAAGAGUUGUCUAAAAGCUAAGUCCGUGAAACGUAAAGAUGAAUUCCAAAAUGCUGUUAAUGCACGUGAACUAAGGAUAUCAGAGAAAUUGAAGCAAGACUUGAUAAAUCAAAAGUUAAAAGAAUUAAAAUCAAAAAAUGGCACAGAUGGAGAAAGUAAUGAACCAGCCAUGGAGAUAGAUGAUUUAGCUAGUUUAGAAAAGAAAGAGGAAACGAAGACUCAAAAGAUCAGUACUUCUGGUUGGAGAGAUGCAAGACAUCUUAAUUAUAAGAGAGCAAAAAAGAUGAAAAAAAAUAAAAAGAAAGGUUCAUUCACAAGAUUUUAA